UUAGCUCAACUGAACACUGUUGGUCUGGCUUCGAGUGAUUUAUCACGAGAAAGCAGGGCCGAUGAUCUGAGAGGGUGUGUUUAUCUAGCAAACCCCCCAACUGCUCUCACAUCUUCAAUAUCUCUUAAG